AUGGCGGCGGAAGACGGACGCGCUGCGCUGGAGGUGUUGAGAGGACUCGCUCGGCCUUUAAACUGUCUCAACGACGACAGCAAGGCUACGAGGAAACGGGCUCUUGAGGCGAUCAAAAAGGAGACCGUCGAUAAAGGGCUUUCCAGUGGCGUCUUGCAGGAGGUUUUCUCGAGCCUCCUCAAGCCUCUGCUGAAGUGCCUGUCAGAUCCGACGGAGCGAUGCAGGGAAACGGCGAUCGCGACGACGGCGGAGUUCCUCCGCUGUGUUCGUCAGCCAGAGGCGGCGCUGCCGUAUCUCAUGCCCUGUCUGGCACAGCGGUUAGGAGGGCGAGAGAUCCUGGAGCCUGCGGAAGAGCUCCGCUUAUCUUUGAUGCAACUGCUGACGCUGGUAGUGGAAGUUUGCGGGAGGGGGCUGGCGCCGUAUUUGGACGACGCGAUCAAGAUAUUGCAAAGAGCCAUCGUGGACCCUUUCCCGGAAGUAAGGAGGGAAAGCUGCAAGUGCACCGUGAACUUCGCCAAGUGUGUGCCAGAGCACUUCCACAUGCAAGGCGAGAGUCUUGUCAAGCCCCUGAUGCAUAGCGUGGCCCAUCAGCACUCACGGGUGCGAGUGUCGGUCAUCGAAGCCACGGGGGCUGUCAUUCAGCAUGGCACCGGCAAAAACGUGGACGAUGUGCUCUCGCAUCUGGCACAGAGGCUUUUUGACGACUCGCCUCAGGUGCGAAAAGCUGUGACCCUAGUGGUUGGUGAUUGGCUACUCCACUUGAGAGACAGAUACUCCUACUUCCAUAAGCUCCUUCCUCUCCUCCUGAGCAGCAUCAGUGAUGAGAUCCCAGAAAUAAGACUUCUGGCAGCUGAUCUUUGGAAGCAAACAGGUGCUCAGUGGGAGAAGGAGAAUGAGGAAGACAUCAAAGACAAGAUGGACUUCCUUCUCACUCCACCUCCCCUUUACCCAGCAGGAGUCGAGCGUCCGGGGCUCGGCUGUAGGGAGCUGGUUGUGAGGAACCUUGGCAGGCUGCUGCCGGCUGUCACUCAUGACGUGACCGACUGGCUGGUGUCCACGCGGGUCAAGAUCCAGCUGCUCUCUGUGCUACUGCUGCAUGCCGAGGACCACUGCACCAGCACUCCAACCCUCCUCACCACUCUCUACCAGGCCUGCUCUGACAGCGAGAGGGAGGUGGUCACCAACUGCCUGGGCAGCAGCCAAGCUGCUGGGAACUUUUGUUCUUCCGAGAUCUUCCUCAAGCUGCUGCUGGACCAUGUGGAGACGUCUUCCUCCUGCCCUGGGCUGCUCAUGGUCCUGGCUGCUGUGCUGGGGGGCUGCUCUGGACCCCUCCUCAAACCUCACCUCCAGCAGAUCGCUGAAACUCUGGCCCAGCCGGAAGUCUGCCAGGAGUACCAGCAGGUUGCAUAUUUGGAGCAGUUGCUGGCCUGUGUGGAUGUGCUGCUCCAACAGUGUGAGGCAGACUGUGGCGUCAGUCAGUCUGCAGUGCUACAGGUGCUGGUCACUGUUCAGAGCUUGUCUACUGAGCCACUGCUUAGUGAUAAGGCAUUGGCGAGUGUGCGGUGGCUCUGCCGGGUGCAGGGCCUAGCCUCGGUGGUGGAGCUGUAUAGGCAGCACAUGGGCCAGCUGCUGGAUUGGCUGGCUGCCUCUGUCAACAACUGGUCCGUUUACUCCCCACAGAGGCUGCAACUGCAGGUCAUAGCUGUACAGUCAGGUCCGGUGAUAGGGGAGUUUCUUACCCAGCUCAUGCCCUUGCUCCAAAGCUGCCUCCACCCAGACAGGGACCCAGAACUGAGGCUGAGCAUCUUCCCCACGUUGGCCAAACUGUUUAUGGAUGCAGCCAACACACUUGACUCCCAGGGGCGUUUCAGUGACCUGUCGGAGAGGUUCCUGUGUGACGUGCUGCUCCCGAACCUGGUGUGGCACGCCGGCCGCACAGCAGCGGCCAUCCGCACCGCAGCCCUCAGCUGCCUGCUGGCCCUGCUGCAUGGAGGGAGCAUCUCACCUGGACAGUUGCUGAGCGUGCACGAGAAGCUGAGCCCCCAGGUGUUAUCCGCUUUAGAGGAGGACUCCCAGACGGCCAGAACGUUUGCCUGUCGGUCCCUCGCUGUUAUGCUCAGACUCAUCGGACCUCGCCUGCACCCUGACGCGCUCAACAAAAUCUACCCCGAGCUGCUGAAGCAUCUGGAUGACAGCAGUGAACAGGUGCGCGGCGUGGCUCUGCAGGCUCUUGACCGGUGGCUGUCCAGCCUGACACAGGAAUACGACCGGCAGCUGCACGGCCCUCACCUUGAGUUCCUCUUCCAGCAGCUCCUCCUGCAUCUGGACGACCCCGACAGCUCGGCGCAGGACCGAGUGUUAGAGGUGCUGAAGACGGGCAGCUCUGUCCACCCGUCACUGCUGAAGAGGCAAGCGGAGGCUGUGAGGGACAAACAUCGCAGCCCACUGCACUGUGACCAGUUGCUCCGACACAUCAACUCCCUACCCGAGGAGACCGCCCGAGACUGUCCCGUGUGAUGUCGUCACUGUAAAUACACGGACAAAUUAAACACGGGGACUUUGUGCCUUGAUCUAAAAAGUUAUUAACCCCCGUCAGUUUCACUUUGUACUGUAAAAAGUGGUAUGAGUACAAUCUAACAUGAGUAAGAUGGCUGCAUGAAGGCCACAUUUUGUUCCCCCUGGAAUAACCCAGGAGAGCCCGGCCAUGGGUUCACCUGGGUACUACUCACAACUCAAGACUUCUAAUAUAGGUGACUUUAGUAGCGCUCCCUCAGGAGACGCACGUGAUCUGGAGAUCCAUGGAGGUGAUGGUCUUCUUGUGCAGGCGUCUUCAGUGCAACAUACGGCAACGCGACCGGUUUAAAAUGUGAGCAGAACAGGUCUCGGGUACCAGAUGUGAGUUGUUGGGUUUUUUUUUUUAUUUCCCGUCAUUGAUUUGCCUUUAAU